GAGACAAUGAGUGCCUGAGUUUUUGUUAUUGAAUGAGCAUGAGUGAGUUAGAUAUAACCUGGUGGGAGCCAGAGAGCUGCAGGGAGCUGCAUCUGUGGGCCAUCAGUAGCUCAAAGCAGCCAUGAGGAUGGUUCUCCAUCGGGCCUUCCAGGCUGCUCGAGGGGGGGAUGUCGCACUCCUGAGGGAGCUGGCGUCUUCCGGUCACCUCUCACCUACCAUUACUGAUGUUCAAGGUGCUUGCCCGGUGCACCACGCGGCGAGGUAUGGACGCCUGGAGUGCCUGCAGUUCCUGGUGAGCGAGCUGGGGCUGGCAGCAGAUGCCCGGGCCUCCAACAGGGCCACCCCUGCCCACGAUGCAGCCGCGACAGGGCAUGUCCGGGAGCUGCAGUGGCUGCUAGACCUGGGGGGAUGCAACAUUGAGGAUCGGGAUGCAGCCGGUGCCACGGUGCUGCACCUGGCGGCGCGGUUCGGUUGUGUGGAGGUCAUUCAGUGGCUGCUUUCUGUUGGAGGGGCAGCGGAGGUGAAGACACACUGUGGAGCUGUACCUGCUCACUAUGCCGCAGCCAAUGGGGACCUCACCUGUUUAAAGCUGCUUGUUCAACACGCACCGCGAUGUGUGGACCAGCAGACGGUCCUUGGGGCCACCCCGCUCUAUCUGGCCUGCCAGGAGGGCCUGCUGCAGGUUGCAGAGUUCCUGGUGAAGGACUGCGGGGCCGACGUCCACCUGAGGGCCCACGAUGGCAUGACCUGCCUGCAUGCUGCUGCUCACAUGGGCCACCAGGCUGUGGUGCUGUGGCUGGUGAGCUGCACUGCCGUCAGUCUGUCCGGCCAGGACCGGUACGGAGCCACUGCUCUGCACUUCGCUGCCAGCAGAGGGCACUGUUGCAUCUUGGAGAGGCUGCUUCACAUGGGUUCAAAGGUCAUCAAGGAUUACUGGGGAGGGACCCCACUUCAUGAUGCGGCAGAAAAUGGAGAGCUGGAGAGUUGUAAACUCCUGUUGGCCAAUCAAGCGAACCCCUCAGAUCAGGAUAUUGAUGGGUUUACAGCAGCAGACUUGGCGGAGUACAAUGGACACCAUGAAUGUGCCAGACAUCUCCGUGCCAUGAAAAGAAAUACAGCCUGUGCAGAGCCCACCCAGGAGAGAGCUCCAGUGGAGGUGGAGGAGGAGGUGAAGGUGAAGCCGGCUGUGGUUCUGCAGUGCAGCAGGGAGGAUUACUACGGCAGCCUGAGUGACCCGUGCAGGGACAGCUACAGCAAUAACACACCAAUGGAUAGUUUGAAGCAACCUCAGAGUGAGGAAUCCCCGCAGGCCAGAUACCCUCAGCCCUCCCCUGCACCCCCCUCACCUGCUUCAUCCCCUCCUGCCAAGCCGGAGAAAAGCAUUAACAGAAUGGUGCGGGUUAAAUUUGCAACAUCUGUUAUUAAAGGUUUCAAUGGGCCCAAGGUAGCUGGGAGUCAGAAGUCUGCCCCUGCUGAUAAGACGAUGUUGCCUGACGCAAACCUCCUAGCUGGAAGGAAGCUUCUUGGGGACAUGAAAUCCAUUCAAUCCUUAAAACAAUCAGGAAUAUCAGGAACGUUCACUGGACAAGCAAACAAGAUGGUGGUCCUGCCCACUGAGCAGGCCAACCUGUCCGACAUCGACUACCUGGUGCCCACCCACGACGAGAGAGGCCGGCCCAUCGCUGAGUGGAAGAGGCAGGUGAUGGUUAGGCAGCUGCAGGCCAGGCUGCUGGAUGAGGAGGACCAGAGGAGGAAGGAAAAUGGCAGAUAUGCCAAAGUCAGCUGGAGGUACUCCCAAGCCCACAAUGCCAUCCUGGGGCCCUCCGGUGAGCUGCUGACUGAGGAUGACCUCAUCUAUGUGGAGCAGCAGAUCGCCAACGUCUCCCUGCAGAGGAACUGUGAAGGCUACGAGAUUGAGCUCGCUCGUCUAGCUGAGGAGCUCCGGCACAUUCUGCCCGCCCCCAUAGUGAACAUCACAGUCAACACACAGUUUAGAAACUUCUCAAGUCAAGUUCCUCUACCAGUGUGGUGUGGCCGCAUCUCGGGCAUCGUGAAAAGCAUGUCUCUGCUCAUGACCAACCUGACAGACCAGCCCUACUGUAAGAUGCCCAACACCGAGCUCAUAUCCGUCUUCUCUCAGACGCCAGACAGACAGAACUCCACCAGGGGCCGCAGGGAGAGGAUAGAGAAUGAAAUCCAUCAGUUUGGUGUGUCUGUGAGGACUCUGAAGUAUAAUUUUGAGACAGAGAACUCACCUUCAGAGGAGCCAGAGGAGGCUGUUGUGUUGUGUUCCCCCACACAGCCUGAGGGCACAGAGUCAGACAAUAAUCCUAAAGUCCUGUGUCCGGCCCCAGAGACGGACCAGAACAGCGACUCCGGCAUUGACUAUGAUGAAAAUGUUGCAGAUGUUCUAGAGACCACCAGCCUCAGAAAGGAGCGUAUAGUGGUGCUGUUCUUAGGCCACUGGAAGAAGUCGGCCUACACCGUGACCCUGAAGAGUAAGGACGCAGCAGAGAGGAAGACGAGUGGAGGGAACCCAGGGAUGUGCGACCAACCAGGGCUGGGUCGCAGGACCAGCGUGGAGAGCGCCCCGUCCAACAUGAUGAACAGCUCUCUGGGACACUUCUUCAAGCAGAGGAGCGCCGUCAACAAGAUGCUGGGGAACUGGAGGAGCAUGAUCUCCAGUGUCCCGUCCAGACAAAUACGCAGGCUCCACAGGCAGCAGGCUCUAUACUCCCCCGAGCAGUUCCUCCCUCGUUUGGACGGUGUGCCGGUGGAGUACGACAACCUGACUCUGGACCUCUUCAUGCUGGGAUACUUCCACAUCCUGGAGUUGGAGCUUCCUGUAGACGAACGCAAAAUUAGACACCUGCUGUGUUUCGAGGUGUUCGACCACGUGGGGAGUUUUCCCUGGGAACUGGUCAGGGACUUCCAUAAGGCUGUCAUUCAGGACAUCGAGGCUGGGAACCGCGAGUGGAAGGACGGCUUUGAGGACAUGAAAGUGAAGUUUUUUGGAAACACCACGAGUCAGCCUGAAAGCGCUGUAGAAGUGGUGAAACAUAUCCUCCCAGAGGUUAGGCAGGUCCCUAAGGUCAUUGUGCAGACACCUACGCCGGACGAGGGGAUGCUGAACAGCGGAACUGACAUUUCCAGUUUUAGCAAUGAAGAAAUCUGUAAAUACAUCGACCGCAGUUUUGCUUUUUGGAAAGAGAAAGAGGCAGAGAUUUUUGAUUUUGAGUAGUGUCAUCUUUUUGAUAUUUUUCUAUUGUUUGUAGUUACAUUACAUUAGGGCUGGGUAUCAAACUUAAAACAUAUUGCUUGAAUUUUAUUUUGGUUGCUGUUGCAAUAGUCAACUAUCAAGUCUAGACAGUUAGCAUAGAGUGCUUAGCCAGGUUCUUGCCAAGUUUACUCAGAUCUUACCUGAUUUUAGUUCUAAUUUUGUAGAUUUUAUACUGUGUUUUAUUGUGUUAAAACCAUUCAACUCCAACCAUUAUGCAUUUUAGAGAUUUGGAAAUUGGUUGUUGAAUUUAUAAAAUAUUUGUUUGUUUAUAAAUUGUAAUAAAGGAUAUCUGUUAGAUAUUUUGGAAUUGCUAACAAAUUGGUGAUUAAUUUCAAACCAUACCCAGCCCUAUUAUAAAAGCCAGAGUAGAGUGUGUGUUCCUUAGACCUUGAUUAUUCAUUAUUAACUUACUGUAAAGACUUAUUUCACUAACAUUAUGUAUUCUAUUAAUUCCUUAUUGACAUGGAUGGAUUACUGAACGGGCCUACUGGGCAAAACAAAUCAGGGAUCCCCUUGACCCUCACUUAUGCCCCUUUUCCACCAAACCGGUUCCAUAGCCAGUUCCGGCCUAGAGCCUGAUUUAGCUGUGGUUCUUCCUGUUUCCACCGCAGCGGGGCCGGCUCUAAGCACCGAAAACUGGUUCUCAGCUGCCCGGCAAGAACCAAGAACCAAUACUUCACGCUUACGUUGGAGGCGGGGGGCGGAAUUAACCUGAUCAACAACAACAAAAUGCCGCAAAUUCUGUACAGCAACACACACAACUACGAACCAGGAUGGAUGCCAUUAAAUGUAAGCAGCAUGGACCGCGGAAGAGACAAAUGACCUCCUCAGGCUUUGGUCAACGCAAGAGGUGCAGAGGAAGUUGGACGGCACAACGCGGUCUAAAGCUAUUUAUAAUAAUAAUAAUAUAUUUUAUUUAUAAGCGCACUUUUCAUUUGCGUAAACAAAACUCAAAGUGCUACAAAAUUAAAAAGGGUGAAACAAAACAACAAAAACAAUAAAAACAAUUUAAAAACAAUUAAAACAACAUAAUAAAAGCUGUGACAUUCAUGCCGGCAUGGCAUAAUGUGGGGGAUUAAAAAAAUCUAGUUAAAGGCUAUUCUAAAAAGAUGCGUUUUUAGGCCUUUUUUGAAAGCAUCUACAGUCUGUGUUGUCCUCAGCUGGUUUGGGAGGGCAUUCCACAGUCUCGGAGCAGCGGAGCAGAAGGCUCGGUCUCCCAUGGUCUUCAGUUUUGUCCUUGGUGGGAUGAGGAGGUUUGCCUUUACUGAAUGUAGGUUCCUCAUGGAGGUUUGUGGGGUGAUCAAUUCCUUGAUGUAGGAGGGAGCAUUUCCAUGUAUGCACUGAUGAGUGAAGAGGGUGAUUUUGUAGUCAAUCCUGAGUGAGACCGGGAGCCAGUGCAGUGAUUUGAGGAUGGGUGUGAUGUGUUCGUACUUCCGCACUCUCAUCAGGAUCCUAGCAGCGGUGUUUUGGAUGUAUUGCAGCUUCUGGAUGUUCUUGCUAGUAAUCCCAAAGAGAAGUGCGUUACAGUAGUCCAGCCUGGAGGAGACAAAGUUUUUCAGCAUCUGGCAGACUGAGUGUGGGGCGGAGUUUCACAAUAUUUCUCAGGUGGUAGAAAGAGGUGCAUAUUUGCUUGAUGUAGGCCUCAAAGUUCAGGUGAGGAUCCAUUUUAAUUCCCAGAUUGGUAACCGUUGAUGAGAGUGGAAUGUUCUGACCGGAGAAGUUGAUGCUGGUGAUGGCGGAUGUACGAACCUGAUGUGGAGUGCCAAUAAGAAUGGCUUCAGUCUUGGAGCUGUUUAGCUGGAGGAAGUUGUGCUUCAUCCACACCUUUAUCUCCUCCAGGCAUGUGGUUAUUGUGGAUGAUUGCAGAGGUGC